GUUAUAUUAUGGUAGAUUGUUUGCGUUGUAACUGAAAUGGAGAGCUUCAACAGUGUCAUGCAAUGGCUGAAUGAAAUUGACAGAUAUGCAAAUGAGAGUGUUUACAAGGUUGUGGACACACAGACGGGAAAGGCUUUGGCAGAUGAACUAGGUAUCCCUUUCCUUGAGACGAGUGCAAAAGACUCCAUUAACGUGGAGCAGGCUUUCUUGACAAUGGCGGGAGAGAUCAAGAAAAAAAUGGGUAAUCAACCAGCUGGAGCCAAGAAGUCAGGUAGCACUGUUCAAAUCAAAGGACAACCAAUUGAGCAGAAGAGCAACUGUUGUGGCUAACUGCUGACACUCUGUUUCUGUAUCGCUCUGUUCCAAUUGCAAAAUUUGAACAGCUUGUAACUAAACAUAUGUUUACUAGAACUAGAAUGUCCUUCCGUUGGUUGAAAUGUAUUUCCAACUUUGCUCAUGGUGUUAUGUGAACGUUGCCUGCCUGGAAUGAUAAGUAGACGCCGAGAGGCAAAUCUGAUAGUAUGAGUUUAACUUCGGCGUGCGCCGACAAUGUGUAGCUGUUUGACACUAAAAAUAGAGUGACUAA